CCAAUGGCAAAACAUUUCUCUAUUUAGAGCUCAUUUAGGCCUAUAACCAUUUUUGCACUCAAGUGGAUCUCAAGAGAUCAAGAAGCGCUACAUGCCCUACCUAUAGUCCACCGAUAAUAAAAAUAUGCCUGAAGGAGCUCAUGAAAGCAAUGAUGGCAGCAGGGCACACUUGACGAAUGAUGAUUUCCGUCGACUGCUGAUGACCCCAAAGCCCCAGGCUUCUGCUGACUCAGCAGAAAAGCCCCCGAAGAGGCAGCCAGUGGACAGAACACCAGACACCAGGAAGGCCAAGAAGAAGAGCUUCCAUGCCAAGGUGACAAGAGAGGAAGAUGAGUGGGAGGCUGCUCUGUCCAAGAAGUACAGAGAUAGGGCCAAGGAGCGUCGUUCUGGAGAUAACCCUGACUACAAAGGCAAAGAGGAUGCUCUGUCCAUAUCUGAUAUCACCACUUACAAGUCUGUGGCCCCUAACAUCGUCGAUCCGAGCUUUGCUGUUGAGGCGAGGAAUAAAGCAAUUCAAGAAUCCAAGUUCUUGGGAGGUGACUUACAACACACUCACUUGGUAAAGGGUCUGGACUUUCUGCUUCUGGAUAAGGUUCGUCAGGAGCAUGUGACUCGAGAGCAGGAGCAGGAAGAGAUGAUGCUAUUGGAGAAGAAAAGAGAGAAGGAGAGAGCACGAAGGGCGGAACACGAGGACCUCAAAGUUCACACAACAUUAGGCAAGAAUAUCUAUCGGACAUUAUUCUUGACGAAGGUGCCGGAAAAGAAUGAACUAUUUGCACCCAGGAGAAUGGCGUACGUGUACGAUCUUGAGGAUGAGUAUGCCCAAAGUGACAUCCCCACCACCCUGAUGAGAAGCAGGGCAGACUGCCCCACACAGCAGGCAACAACUCUUACAACCAAUGACAUAGUGAUCAACAAGCUGACACAGAUCCUCUCUUACCUAAGGCAGGGCUCAAAAGCAGGUAAAAAAGGAAAGAAGAGAGACAAAGGGAGGUUUCAAGCUCCUUCUGUGCCUGUGCCAGUGAAGCUUGGACCAGAGGCAAACUUAAGCAUUUUUGGAGAUAUUGGAGAUUACAAGCCUGAUCUCAAGUUGAAAGCCAAGUCUGGAUCCAAAUCUGAGAGUAGCAAAUAUUUCAACAAGCAAAGUGAUGACAAAGCACCCGGUAGUAGCUCUGCAGUUGAUAUGGUCAAUUCCAUCAAUACCAAGUAUGGAAGUAUGUCUGAGAUUGAGCCAAGCUAUCUGAAGCUACCGUCUGCGGCUCCCCCAUUGGCUGAGUCAGAGCCACUCCCUACAGAGACGGAGGAGGAACCCCCCACCAAGUCAGAGAGUGUCAGUGGACUCAGGGGUCUGGCCAUGGACAGUCACUAUUCUGAGUGUUACCCUGGUGGGUUGGGUGACUAUGAUGCCAACUAUGACAGUGAUGAUGAUGCUGACUUCUCCAAGAUGGACCUCGGGAACAAGAAAGGACCUGUGAAGCGUUGGGAUUUUGAUAAUGAGGAAGACUACGGUGACUAUCAGUCCAAGAGAGAAGCCCUUCCCAAGGCUGCAUUUCAGUAUGGUGUCAAAAUGAACGAGGGCAGGAAGACUCGGCGCUACGGAGGGGGUCCGGGGGAGAAGAAGAACAAAGAGAAAGCCAAACUGGACAGAGAGUGGCAAAAAAUUAGUGCUAUCCUAGACAAGCGUCAGGGUGGCAGCGGUGGUGGGAGCUCUGCCGCCAAGAAACAGAAAAUGAACAAUUAAACUCCCCUUUCAAUGAUUUUAUGUACGUGCAUGAUUAAAAGUGUUUUGUGUAUCAAUACAACAAUUGACAAUUUAUUUUGUAUCAAAA